UUUACACAGGGUCAUCCACUGGUUGCAUACCUUGUGAAUCACAUUGUCUUUGAUUCUAGGGGAUGGCCUUCCUUCACAACAGCGUCAUCGUCUCCCAUGGUAACCUAAAGUCCUCUAACUGUGUGGUGGACAGUCGCUUUGUUCUGAAGAUUACUGACUACGGUCUGGCCAGCUUCCACGAAAAGUCCAAUAUGGAGGACACACACGCCUACUAUGCCCGGAAAUUGUGGGCAGCUCCAGAGCUGCUGAGGGCAGAGUGUCCCCCACCAUGUGGCACUCAGAAAGGAGACAUCUACAGCUUCGGCAUUAUCCUGCAGGAGCUGGCCCUGCUCCGAGGGGUCUUCCACAUUGAGGGGGACACCUUCAGCCCCAAAG